AUGCGUUCGAUCGCGACGCAGACGACGAUUACGACGACUGCGACGACCAAUACUAACACUAAUACUGGGAAGAACGUAUUUUUGAGGCGUCUUCGUUGUUCUUCGAGCGAUGCGCAUCGAAGCGAUAAAAAAACAAGGACAGCUGCGCGUAGAAACGGACCGGAAACGACAACGACGGGUGCCUCAUCAGAAGAAGAAGAAGAAGAAGAACAACAACGUCGACAUGGAGACGAUUUUGCAGACGACGACGACGCGAAUGUUAAGACAAAGAUGAUGACGAGCAGACGACGACGAGAGAUUUUGACUGUUUUAGGCGCUCUGCCAGCGUCCGUGGAAGCGCUGAAAACGUUUACUUUCCCUGUCUCUGCGCGAGCUUUAACGCCGAACCAAACGAUAACGAUAUCGAAAACGUCCGAGAAAAUGGCAUCGAGCGGAUAUUCGUUCGUGAAUCCAAGCAUAGAUUCCAUGGGGUUUCACGCGUUAUCGGAUAACAAAGUGUACCACAACAUGGCGACGAUUGAUAAAGAGGCGAGAGGUUUAGUCGGGUUACUUCCCGCGGGAGAGACGACCGCAGAGGAGGUGGAGAUGUUGCGAGCGAAGAAGAGCUUAGAGGCGUGCGGGACGGAUUUUGAACGGUAUAAAGUUCUCGUUGGGUUACAAAACAGAGACGAGAAGACGUUUUAUAAUCUGUUGCGAACGAACGUGGAAGAGUUGCUUCCGAUUUUAUAUACCCCGACGGUUGGCGAGGCGUGCGUGAGGUUUGGAGAGAUUUUAGAUCGACCUCGCGGGUUGUGGGUGUCGUUGAACGACGCCGGUAAAGUGGAGAAGUUAGUGAAGAGGUGGCGAAACGAGGGCGUUAGGAUUGCGGUGAUUACGGACGGGGAACGGAUAUUAGGUUUAGGCGACCAAGGUGCGAAUGGUAUGGGGAUCUCGGUUGGGAAAGGUAUGGUGUACGCCGCCAGCGGCGUCAACCCGGAGUGGCUGUUGCCGGUCCAAAUCGAUACUGGAACGAACAACGAGGACCAUUUGAAAGAUCCGCUAUACGUAGGUUUACGCAAAAAUCGAGAGAGGAGCCAAAAGUACGACUUGUUGUUAGAGGAAACCGUAUUUGCGAUUCGAAAACGGUACGGCGAGGACGUCAUCAUUCACUUUGAAGAUUUUGCGCCUCGAAACGCGUUUCGCGUGUUGAAGAAAUUUCAAAACGUGCCAGGCGUGGUGACGUAUAACGACGACAUUCAAGGCACCGCGGCAGUCACCGUGGCUGGUCUGAUCGCGUCCACUCGAAUCGAGAACGUUUUACCGUUAGAGAAACAAAACGUUUUGUUCUUUGGCGCUGGUCAAGCCAACGUCGGCGCCGCGGACUUGUUCGUGCGAGCGUUGAAAUCGAGAGGACUGAGCGACGAAGACGCCGUGAAGCGAGUGUGGUUGUUUGACAGCAAAGGCGUUGUGACGACGUCAAGAGCAGAUUUCGAGAACCUGUCCAGCGAAAAGAAAAGAUUCGCGAGAACUGAAUCCAACAACGCGUACGACGCCACCGAUCUCCUCUCUGCCGUUCAACUCUGCCAACCGACCGCGUUAGUUGGCGCAGCCGCGGUCCCGAACGCCUUCUCCAAACCCGUUCUCCAGGAAAUGGCAAAAAACAAUAAACGACCAAUCGUGUUCGCCCUUUCGAAUCCAACAUCCAAAGCUGAGUGCACGGCAAAAGAAGCCUACGAUUUCACCAGCGGCAAAGUCGUCUUUGCCUCGGGCACGAAAUUUCCUCUCGAUUCAGCCGCGCCUCAAUUCCAACCCGGCUUUGCGAACAACGCGUUCAUCUUCCCCGGCGUCGCCCGAGGCACCAUCGCCUGCAAAGCCUCCUCGGUAACAUCUGGCAUGUUCUUAGCCGCCGCCGAACGCUUAGCCAAAGAAGUCACGAGAGAAGAUCUCCUCGUAGGAAGCGUCUUCCCGAAAACAAUAGACAAACUCAGCGACGUCGCGCGAGCGGUUGGCGUCGCCGUCGCCGAACGCGCCGAGAAAGACGGCGUCGCUCGAAUCGAACCCGGCGGCAACGCGUUCUUCGGCGUAUAA